CAGACAGUAGCACUAACAGCAGCGGCAGCAUAUUGUUUGAUACCGGAGGACGACUCUUCCCCACUCCCUGAGCUUUACUGCAGUUGUGUGCAGAGUCCAGGAAACUGCGCGUGCACCUUUGCGCCGGUGCAUCUCUGAUAUUGCCCAUCUUCUUUCCGGGAGUGAGAUUAUAUCCGCUUUUUUAAAGCUGCACAGUCGGAUCGUGAAGUCGGUUGUGUUAACCCCUUUUCCCCCCUGAGACGCACAGAAGACGCACGCGCUCCUAAGUCCACCUGGAUAGCUGAGAAGGCGGUCCGGUCCGGCUCGAGGUCCAGCGGGGAGAGACGGAGAGGAGAAGUUAGCGCGGAAGGAAAGAGGAAGAAAGAAAGAACGGAGACAGGAUGAAUCUCAAGAGCAAUUUGAUUUUCACCCUCUACACUAUUUACGGGAUUCUACUUAAAGGCAUCAGCGGUCAGUACCCCCUGGUCCAGAAUAUGACGGUGACAGAGGGCGGGACGGCGAACCUGACCUGCCGUGUGGAGUACAAUGACAACACCUCCCUCCAGUGGUCAAACCCAGCACAGCAGACCCUGUUUUUUGGGGACAAGAAAGCUUUAAGGGACAACAGGAUCGAGCUGGUGCGUGCAUCGUGGUCGGAGCUGACCAUCAGUAUCAGUGAUGUCACACUGUCUGAUGAAGGCAUGUACACAUGUUCCCUCUUCACCAUGCCAGUCAGAACAGCCAAAGCCUACCUGACUGUCCUGGGUGUGCCAGAGAAGCCAGAAAUUGACGGCCUGACAAAGCCCGCCAUUGAGGGAGACCACAUCACUCUGACCUGCAUCACUCAGGGCAGCAAGCCCGCUGCUGACCUGCGCUGGUUCAGGAACGAGAAAGAGAUCAAAGGUGCCAAAGAGGUGAACGCAAGUGGGAAGACAUUCACGGUACGGAGCUCUCUGCAGCUGCACGUGGACAGAAAUGAUGAUGGAGUGGCCUACACCUGCAAAGUGGACCAUGUGGCUCUCGCACAGACACCACAGCAGGCCACUGAAGUGCUGGAGGUCCACUAUGCUCCUCGUGUGGAGAUCAUCCGGUCGACGCCCGUCGCUCAGGAGGGUCAGUACCUAAAGCUGGAGUGUGUCUCCAAAGGAAACCCUUCGCCGGAUCCUGUGAAAUGGACUAAGGACGGAGCUGAACUUCCCGACUUAGACAGGGUGAUUGUAGAGGGAAGGGAGCUCACCUUUAUGUCACUCAACAAGACGGACAAUGGCACCUAUCGCUGCGAAGCUGGCAACCACCUAGGGACCAGCAGCGCUGAAUACGUACUCUAUGUCUACGACGCCCCCACAACCCCGCCUCCAUCCACCACUCCCCCCCUACAUCCCAUCCCUCCAGAUCCUACCGCUCUAUUAGGCACCCACGCCUCAGACCCCACAGUCACUGGCAAAGGAGAUCCAAAUGCUGUUGGGCAGCACGGCACUGACCAUGCCUUGAUCGGAGGAGUGGUGGCUGUAGUGGUCUUUGUCACUUUGUGUUUAAUCAUCGUCUUGGGAAGAUACCUGGCCAGGCAUAAAGGAACUUACUUGACAAACGAGGCCAAAGGAGCGGACGAUGCCCCUGACGCCGACACAGCCAUCAUCAACGCCGAGGGCAACCACGCACACGCAGAGGAAAAGAAAGAAUACUUCAUUUAGACUGCAGGGGGUGCUGUGCAGCUCAGCUCUCUCCUCCCCUUUAUUUCAAUCUGUAUCUCUUUUCUCUCUCUCUGUCGCCCCUGUUUUAUCUCUGCACCUCUCAACACUGCCCCCGCUGGUCAACGAGGAAUCUGCAGGCAGUCCACACAGACAGAGAGGUUCCCUAAGUGUUUUCUGUAAUUGCCUUUUUUUUUGUUGCUCAUUUCUUUCUGUUACGUUUUUAUUUCUUGGCAGCCGCGGUGUUUUCGGGCAGCUUGAACUUUUCCCCCUUCUUCAUAUUUUUUUCUCCAUUUUCGACAUGAAUGCUUGGAAGUCUGUAUAUCCACCACGUCUGCUUCUUACAUGGCCCCCCCCCCCCCCCCC